CUUGAUUCAAACAUCAGUCAACAUUAAUACAUGAGCAGAAUAUAAAGCAGACUUCAAUUCCACUCGGUCUGUACCUUCACCUCUCCUCCUGUCCGGUCGCCGAAACGUUGCCUUGGAGUUUUUGCCCUAACUUUAUCAUCACCAGUAGCAGUCAUGUCCCAACUCGAGACAGCGAUGGCCAUCCUCCUGAAGACCUUUGACAAGUACUCUGGAGCCGAGGGCAACAAGGGCACGCUGAGCAAGGCUGAGCUCAAGACCAUGAUAGAAAAGGAGCUGCCUUCUCUCCUGAAGGCCUCUAAGAACCCUGAGGACUGUGACAAGCUGAUGAAGGCUUUGGACCAUAAUGGAGACUCUGAGGUGGACUUCAAUGAGUUCAUAGUCCUGGUCGCUGCUCUCACCUGCGCCUGCCACAACCGCUGCCCCAAGAAAUGAGCUCCUCGAGCAGAAUUGUGGUCGAGUCACGCCCGGCUGCAAGUAGCAAGUGCCUCCCGCCAGACCAGAGUUCCCCCAAUCUCCCUGUUUCUGUUUAUAAUCAGUUAAUAAUCAUUUUCUUACUAAAUGCAUCUUUAUCCAUUUGUGUGGUGGUCUUGUCUUCCAACUGUGGCUGAAAAUGUAAGUAAUCCCUGUCCCAGUUACCUGGGAGCAUUUAAAACAGUGACUAUCGAGUAGGCCUAUAUUUACUCACUUUUACAAAAUACAUUUAUUUUAUCUUUUCAGUCUUGUUUUCGUUAUUUUGUGCACCACUUAAAUAACAAGUCAUCAUGUAAUAUAAUUUAGAGGUGUUUACAUUACUUUAAAAUGUAUUUUUUUUUUUAUAUCUGAGUCACCUCAGACACUUUAUACACGGUCGGCUGUUAAGUAGGGCAAACUACAAAUAAAGGCAGGAGUUUUGGCAUACAGGCUAUUCAUGGCCAUCUUGUGGCCACAGGUGACCGGUGAAUGGCAGGCAGCAAAGAUUAUUUUGGCCUCUGGUGUUUAAAACUUAAUUAAAUUAGUAGCACUCUGCUCACACCAUGAGAUGAGAGACAUUAUAGAGAUAAUACUUCUGCAGAACGACAAUCUUUCACAUGAAUUGAACAUGCAGCCAGAGGCUUUAAACCGAAUUGAACUUUUCAACCACAUUAAAGAGAAUAGAAGAACAUAGUGUUCAGUUGAAAACUAUCCGUUCAGAUCCAAUGCCUAUUUUUAGCGUGUGUAGGCGUUAACAUGCAUGUUACACCUUGAAACAAACCACUUAGGAAGUGAACUUUUAUCAAACCACAAUGGUAUCAUAUCUCCUACACAGCAUGUGAACCAAUAUUACACCUCAGAGAUAUUUCCUUGCAUAUUUCCUUUAUAAAUGUGAACAUGAAAAGCUGCAUGCAAGUACGUGAUGUAACAAACGUGUACUUUACAUUGUUGUACACUAUUUUGUUGAUGCUGUAACUAUACAUAUAGACAUUGAGGAUUUAUUCAAGACUGGCAUGUCCUGUCUACAUACCCCUUAUCAUAGACAAUCAGUGAUGUAAAGUACUUAAGUAAAAAUACUUUAAAUUA